UACUUUGAAAGGAGGGAAAGCUGUAUUGAGAAGGUUGUUGCGGACUAGAAUGCAAGAAACUGGUCAUGGCUUUGGAAGACAUCGUUUUAUUACAGAACUUUUGAGGGACUAACACAUAGACAGAUGAUCUAACCGCACUUAAACAGAAAGUGCUGGGGAAGAGAGAUAUAACUGUUAAGUGAUACCAAGAUUAAAAAAAAAAAAAAAAAAAAAAAACGAACUUUGCUGAAGGAUAUGUAAAAAUAUGAAGACUGGAGAAUUUAAAACCAAUUAGUUUUUUUUUUGUUGUUGUUUUUUGCUCAUGCUUAAAAACUUGGAAUUGCCAUAAGAAAACGAUUUUCAGUUUUAAAGAAUCUGGAACCUAAAAAAAAUGAGAAAUCUCGGACGCUGCUAUCCUCAAGUGACCAACACUGAACUUUGAGUUCUGGGCACAUUUAUUGUUUCUUCAAAGAAUCAAACAUGCCUAACAGCUACAUUAUCUCUCUUCACUACAACUACACAGGGAAGCUUGACAUACGAGAGAAGAGAACGGAUGGCAUGGACUCAGCCUCUGUGGCCUUUUUAAUCAUAUGUAGUUUGAUUGUGUUGGAGAAUUUGAUGGUGUUAGUUUCCAUAUGGAAAAACCACAAAUUCCACAACCGAAUGUACUUCUUCAUUGGCAAUCUAGCACUUUGUGACUUAUUGGCGGGAAUAGCUUACUUAGUAAACAUCCUUAUGUCAGGAAAAAAGACACUGAGCCUGUCUCUGACUGUUUGGUUUGUGAGGGAAGGCAGCAUGUUUGUAGCACUGGGGGCUUCCACGUUCAGUUUACUGGCUAUUGCCAUAGAAAGACACAUGACCAUGGUUAAAAUGAGGCCAUAUGAUGCAAACAGGAAAUACAGAGUUUUUCUCCUGAUUGGGACCUGUUGGCUUAUUGCUGUAUUAUUGGGAGCAUUGCCCAUCCUAGGAUGGAACUGCAUUGAUAACCUUCCUGUUUGCUCCACUGUGUUACCCCUUUACUCCAAGUUUUAUGUUGCUUUCUGCAUCAUUGUUUUCAUUGCCAUCUUGCUGGCUAUUGUUAUUCUGUAUGCCCGCAUCUAUGCACUCGUGAAGUCCAGCAGUCGAAAGGUGACCAAGCAUAACAAUUCAGAGAGGUCAAUGGCCCUGCUUCGAACCGUAGUUAUUGUCGUUGGGGUCUUCAUUGCAUGCUGGUCCCCAAUAUUUAUUCUGCUUCUCAUAGAUGUGGCUUGUGAGAACAAAAAAUGUGACAUAUUGUACAAGGCCCACUGGUUUAUCGCCCUGGCUGUUUUAAAUUCUGCCAUGAACCCUCUGAUCUACACACUGGCUAGCAAGGAGAUGCGCCGGGCUUUCUUCUACCUUGUGUGUGGCUGUCUCUUCAAGACCAAAGCAGGAAAUAGCCUUCAAAUACAGCCAACGCCGGAUAACAGCCGAAGCAAGUCCAGCAGCUGCCAUUCCCAGAAACAAAAAGAAGGAGAUUUUCCACAAAUCGCUGUAUUGCCGAAUGCUGUUACAAAACCAGAGCCUGCACAUAAUAGUGAAGGGUGCUGACAACCACGGAGACACUUUUAAUUGUGUGCACUUAAAUCUGAACAAGAACUUGCCUCUCCACUCUAUUUAUUGCCUAAAGACACAUACAACAGCUGUACAAAACUUCCAAGUUUUGAGGUUUACUAAAGGACUUUAACACUCUUACUGUUAAAACACUUUCUUCAGUUAGAUGUUAAAAGUAUGCCUUUAAAACAUUAUUUUACGAAAUGUCAGGUCUUAAGUACACCUGAGGGGACAUAAUAAAAGUGUAAAUGACAUUGCAUUGUUAAAAAUAUAGUACUGUAUAAGAAAAUUGUUGUAGUGUAGUAGAUGUAGUUAGAUGUAAGCAACUUAUUAUUAUUUAUGUUCAUUUUGCUUUUUUAAUAUUAUUAUGUAUUACAGGAAAAUAUAUCUCUACAACUUAAUAAAAAAGUAUACUGAUUAUAGACAAACCGUUGAAGGAAAAGCACUUACUGGUAUGCCUUAAAAGCAUUAUAAAGAUCUAUUGUUUAUGAUAUAUAUUAAAAUAUGUUAAGUGCUUAUGAAAUGCAUAAUUAACUCCAUCUGAUGGAUAAAAUGGGUUUCUGGAAUUAAAGUGCAUUUAUUGUCAAUUUCAAUAAAUCAGGGAGCUCAAAUGUGUAAAACAUCAAGUCAUAUGGUAUUCAAGAACACCAGUCAGUGGUACAAUUCCUGAUUUUGGCCACUAAGCUAGUUAUACGUAUGUGAAUGUUAUUGGUUUGUUUUUAAGUAGUACUGUAUUAAAGUGAAGUAUUUGAAUUGAACACAUACAGCACGUGCAUGGGCCUUUGAUGAAAAGGGAGACAAGCCAAGACUUAAUGGUCUGUUGAACUGAUCUAAAUUACAGUGGUUUAAAUACCUGAAGAUUUAUAUAUAGCCCUUUUAUGGCUAUGAAGCUUAGUAACCGUGAUUUGAGUCACCUGUGUAUUUAUGCCAGCAUUUAGAUCAAUUAAAUAGACCCCUUAAUGUUUCUUGUUUAUUUCAGUAAAUGCGUAUUAUUAUUGACACGAUACAUGUAAUAUAUAGUGCACAUAAAAUAUAUGUAAUAAGGUCAUUUAAAAUGGAAACGGUCAGUAUUUUGUUAUCUAUUAAAUAAAAUAAUG